AAGUUGUUACCAUAGCAACAGCCAAUGCACAACUACCGACCAACACACAGCUGUGUACGUUAACUCCGUCUUGUCGUGUGCUUCUCCCCCCAAACAAGAGAGUCUUCGUGGGAUAAUGGAACCUGAAUUUUCGGAAACAACAUCCGAAAUAAUUCCUCUGUCAUUACCCAAAGGAAAAGAAAAGUUGUGCGAACUGUGUCAAAGAGAAGCGCGCCUCCAAUGCCGCAAAUGCGGCGUCACUUAUUACUGUGACGCAGAGCACCAGCACGAUGACUGGGUGGGAAUCCAUGAGAAAAUCUGCCAGCUGCUUGUCCCUAUCCGCACCGAGACGCCCCUCAGCCUCCAGAAGGCCGGUCGCGGUGAAAUACAGCAAAUGAAGGCAGAACUGAUAGACGUUUGCAGGGAGGCGGCUCAAAGCAAGCUUUACGAGGGGAAACCCCGCGAGGCUCUCCCCGCCGCUCGGUUCUGCAUGCGCUGCUCCGUCGAGGUCCACGGCGCCAACACCAUCCAGCUGGUCCCUGCCUACCUGCUGCUGGCCGAGGCCAACAUGGGUUUGGGCAAGCUGGCCCUGGUGGCGGAGCUUUUGUCCCAGGCGGAGUGGGUGGUGUCGAAGAGCCCGGAAAGCAGUCAUGCCAUUCGCUCGCAGCUGCACAGGAGCAUGGGCAACCUCCACGUGGCCACUGGAAACCUGGAGGCGGCUCUGUUUCACUUCGCAAAUGAUAUUUACUUUGCCACUGAGGCGUACGGUCUGGACAGCAUCGUCACCUGUACCGGCUACUUUUUAAUCGCCGACGUGUUCGCCAAACAGGGGAGGAUGCCCGUCGUCCGUUCCCUGUAUUCUGAGGUCGCGCAAGUGUGGCACCGCCAUCUGACCAAACUCUUCGAGGCCCACGUUGAAAACGCGAAGAACCCCGGCAUGCUGCUGGAGUCCUGCUACGACGAAGCCCACCGAGUCGAGGUGGAUAAGAUGCUGAGAGCCGUGUUGGAGUUCGAGCAGAGCGACUCCAGAAAAAACCCGGCAAAGAUCGCAACGGUGGCACAUUGCCUGGCCAUGCUGUGGUUCCUGGGAGGAGACCCGCCAAAGGCGCUGGGAUUUGGCAGCACAGCCCUGCAGGCCGGCCAGCUGAUACCAAACCAGGACCUGACGGAGCCCAUCCAGAGACUGCUGCAGCUGGUGCAGAGCCAGCAGACAGAGCCACAUCCUGGGUCUGACUAGUCACUGUACCCGCACCCGGCCGUCCCUCCGCUUGGAGAUCCGAGAGCAGCUGUCCAGACAGACCCACGCGGCCUCUCCCCGCGGAGCCUACCACGUUAACUCGACUCUUUGGUCAUAUUUUGUGAGGCGCUAUUAUUACAGGUGCAAUAAAAGAAAUAAACACAUGUUCACUGGC